UACUGAUGAUAUUAGUUCUGGAGUGCAGUUUGCUGAAGCUGUCACUCUACGAAGGGGGGGAAGUUACUACACUUGAAGCAGCUGUUACCAUCAAGAAUCCAAAGAUAUGGUGGCCGGCUACCUGGGGAAAACAGGACAUGUACACUGUCUCUGCGAACUUCACCCUCAAUGACGGAACAUUAUCUGAUACAGCGGAAUGCUCAUUCGGGAUCCGGUCUGUCACAGCUACAUUCACCGACCACGGAGACGAAAAAGACGUCUCGUUCAAUGUCAACGGUUACCCCUUCCACGUCCGAGGCGCAGGAUACAGUCCUGACAUAUUCCUCCGGUUCGAUAUAAACCGUGUACGCACACUCCUACAAGCUGUGCUCGACAUGGGCCUCAACACGAUCCGACUGGAGGGAAAACUCGAACACCCACAGUUCUAUGAUCUGGCUGAUAGAAUGGGUAUCAUGGUGUUAGCGGGAUGGGAGUGUUGCGAUAAGUGGGAGGCGUGGGAGGUAUACCCUCCCUUUCUAUACCCUAACCCCUGA